AUCGUAUUUUUUUUUUAAAUCACUUUUUGUAAAACAAGCCAUCGGAUUCUGCUAAUAAAAGCAAAACAGCAGCAAACCUUAAGGUUAUAACAUCAGCCAAGUGAUGGGUUUCGAAUCGUCGCCGGAGAUGGAGAAAUUUCUUUGUGAACGAUUGCUGGAUCCAAACCAGCCCAUCUCAGAGCGCUUCAGAGUCCUUUUCUCUCUCCGCAAUCUCAAAGGCCCUGCCCCUCGCAACGCUCUCAUUCUCGCAACAAGGGAUUCCUCAAACUUGCUGGCGCAUGAGGCUGCAUUUGCUUUGGGUCAGAUGCAAGAUGUUGAUGCAAUCCCUGCUUUGACAGCAGUUCUUAAUGAUCUCUCACUGCAUCCCAUUGUCCGUCACGAGGCUGCUGAAGCUCUUGGUGCAAUUGGUAUAGAGAGUAAUGUUCCUAUAUUAAGGAAUAGUUUGGCCCUAGAUCCAGCUCAGGAGGUUCGAGAAACAUGUGAAUUAGCUCUGGAACGAAUUGAGCAGUUGAAGGAUGCUGAUGAUGGAUCAGCAGUAGAAAAGUCGCCUUUUAUGUCGGUUGACCCAGCUGCACCUACUACUUCUUGUUCUUCAGUAAAUCAACUAAGGGAAGCUCUUUUGGAUGAAGAAAGAGGCAUGUAUGAACGGUAUGCGGCUCUUUUUGCACUUCGAAAUAGUGGUGGAGAUGAAGCAGUGGCUGCUAUAAUCGAUUCUUUGGCUUCAAAAAGUGCUCUUUUGAAGCAUGAGGUUGCUUAUGUACUAGGCCAACUGCAAAACAAAAAUGCUUCAGCUGCUCUAUCCAGUAUUCUUAAGAAUGUUAAUGAGCACCCAAUGGUUAGACAUGAAGCUGCCGAAGCUCUUGGUUCCAUUGCAGACGACCAAAGUGUAUCACUUCUUGAAGAAUUUGCCAAGGAUUCUGAGCCAAUUGUAUCACAGAGUUGUGAAGUUGCUCUAAGUAUGCUGGAAUUUGAAAGAUCUGGAAAAUCAUUUGAGUACCUCUUUAUGCAGUCUCCUCUUGUGCAAUAGCCAAUUUUUGCUCGCUCAAUGGUGAAUCUAAUCCUCAAACGAAGACGAAACGAAUGAGCUUUAACGCAGAGAGCUGACUAAUCUUCUGCAAGCAAGAAUUUGAUAGCGAGAUAGUUUUCUUCCUCUAACAUCGAUCUUGUGCUGAACUGGUAUAUCUUGGUUCCUUCAUUGUAUUUCCAUACUAACAUCAUCAAUAAUCAUUAUGACAAUCAUAGUUUCUCCUGUAGACUGUUUCUUCAAUCAGUUUGUGCUCUCUUCGUUCCUCUGCACCAUUCUUGUUGAGUUUGAAAUCUUUGUCAGUGAAAGUCAGUACAUGAAUUCUCCAGUGAAAUUUGAUUUACUUCUUA